AUUUGAGCCCCUAAAUGUCCCUAGAGUCAAUUCGGGAUAGUGAUCUCAAUCUUAUCUUUAGCAUAAAUAGUAGCGCUCUGUAUCGCCAAAGGUAGUAUCAUAAUGCGAUUCUCGACAGCGAACCCCUCUCACCUACAUAUUGGUAUUACUUCUUCGAGUGUGCUGAUAUUUAUAUAUCGAUCUCGACAUCAUUUCGAUAUUGAUUCUCCGACCAAAGAAAAAUCACGAAAAUAACGAUGUCGGCCGAUCUUAUAAACAGCGUUAUAACGCAGGGCCAGCGUCUCGCUACGCACAGCUGGGAGUAUGGUACCUUCGCGGAGGCUUUGCUAGAGUGGGAUAACCCGAAAUCUUCAGUAUUCGGUAGCAAUUCGUUCCCGGAUGGCAAGGUACCAGUUUUGCAGGUCGCGAACACUCGCUCGCUAUCGUAUGUGAAGCCUCAUAUUUCUACUAGUGGUGAUACACUUGUUGAUGGAGAUGGUGCCGCUGGCGAUCCGGCUUCACUGGGCGUUUCCGCUAUACUCAUUGGCCAAACCCAACCUGAGUAUCUUUCAGCGGCAGAACGCCAGGUAGAGCACCUGCUAACCGCCGUCCCGAAAUACUCCAAUGGCGCUAUCAGCCACCGAGAAUCAGUAGCGGAACUGUGGGCCGACUUCGUUUACAUGGCGCCACCAACUUUAGCGUACUGGGCCAUUCAGUCGAACAACGCCACCCUGUUGAGUAUCGCUAUCCAACAAUGCGUUCUAUACCGGGACGUUCUAGGUGUUCCCAAGAAUGAUAAAAGCGCCGGUGGACUUUGGCAUCACAUCAUCGGCCCCCAGAGCCAAGAUUUGGGUAUCUGGAGUACCGGAAACGGUUGGGCUGCCGCUGGGAUGAGCCGUGUCUAUGCGACGGCUAAGAAGUCGCACUUCGCAAAUGACGGGAAGAUCAAGUCUGGUCUUUCUGAACUCAAAGGAAUCAUCAAAUCAAUCUUGGACGGCGCAAUCGCGCGCGACAACGCCGAACCCAAUGAACCGCUCCUGCGCAACUACCUCAAUGACACUACUUGGUUUGGCGAGCUGUCAGGCACGACAAUCUUGACAGCUACCGCAUACCGCAUGGCAAAACUCGAGCCUGCUGAUUUCGGAAAAAGCUAUACGUCGUGGGCAGACAGCAAGAGGCAGAUCAUCGUCGGGAAGAUCAACAGUGACGGUCUUCUAUCUCCUGUAAUUAACCCCCUGAACUGGAACGACAGGACGCCUGCCACCGAAUCUCCGGAAGCCCAGAGCUUUGCGGUUCUGAUGUUUGCAGCAUACCAGGACUUUACUUCUAGUUCUUAGAACGGUCAUUAGUGAUGACAAAGACGUCGUGAAAAGGGGAAGUGGGGAUUGAACAUACGGUCAGAGUGUGACUCAAAAUCUCAACGCGUAGUGAAGCGCUAUUAUUUAGUGGCUAAACUACCUGGGCUGCCGCAGUUCCCCGCUGAAUUGCAGCGAGUGGAAUCACUGUUGGUUCUCGUCUUAGCUUGAAAUCUGUACAGUACCAACUGGGUGCCUACCACUAGUUACACACUGGGCAAGGCCUUGGACAGAUAUGCGAAACUUCUGGCAACCCCUUAUUAUAUUUUAUUAAAUUGUAUAUAUCGCGCAACAUCACAAUCUGGCUAAAUAAUAUGUAUAGCUUUUUUCAAUUGAACUAGAACGGCCAAUAUUUGUCAUAACCUUCCCUCGAACCUGCAUCCACUAAUAGACUUGCCUUGGGUAGCUUACAUAAUCACACAUAAGC